AUGCUUGCUGCUUCCUUCGUGUUGGCUGUGGAGAUAUUGGAGAACCUGGCGUAUUUAGCAAAUGCUAGCAACUUGGUGACUUAUCUAUCCGAGUAUAUGCACUUAUCUCCAUCUAAAUCGGCCAAUAAUGUCACGAAUUUCAUGGGGACAUCUUUCCUUUUGGCUCUUCUUGGAGGUUUCCUAUCAGAUGCUUUUUGCACUACUUACCACAUCUACCUGAUAAGUGCAGCUGUUGAAUUCCUGGGCUUGGUGAUACUGACAGUGCAAGCUCGGUCAUCUGCCCUGAAGCCACCAGCAUGUAACCGAAGCAACCCCAUAAUCCCAUGCCAGGAAGUUGAUGGCGCGAAAGCUGCGAUGCUGUUCUCAGGCCUUUAUCUGGUAGCACUCGGCGUUGGAGGGAUAAAAGGAUCAUUGGCGGCACACGGGGCUGAGCAGUUUGAUGAUAGCACUCCACAUGGAAGGAAGCAGAGAUCGACCUUCUUCAAUUACUUUGUCUUCUGUCUCUCAUGUGGAGGCCUGAUUGCAGUCACAUUUGUAGUGUGGGUUGAAGAUAACAAAGGCUGGGUGUGGGGCUUUGGGAUCUCUACUAUCGCAAUAUUCCUGUCUAUCGCAGUCUUUCUUGCUGGCUCAGUUACUUACAGGAAUAAAAUACCUUCUGGAAGUCCACUUGCAACCAUAUCCAAGGUUUUGGUUGCUGCUGCAAUUAACUCUUGUAGGAGCAGAAGUUCAAGCAAUGCCAUUGCUAACCUGACAACAAGCCCUUUCAACCCAACUCAAAUCAGCAAGGAUGUAAAAGAUAACCCCAUAGAAGUUAUGCCGGCAGAAACCCCAACAAAAAGCCUUGGCUGGCUUAACAAAGCGGUGGUGAAUAAGCCAAUCCACUCUGCACUAGAAUGCUCAGUGCAGCAAGUGGAAGAAGUCAAGAUGGUGAUAAGAAUCUUUCCCAUAUUUGCUUGCACCAUGAUGCUCAAUUGCUGUCUUGCUCAGCUUUCCACGUUUUCUGUACAACAAGCUGCUACCAUGGACACCAAGCUUGGUGCCUUGAAAGUCCCGCCAGCUUCCCUUCCCGUAUUUCCUGUGGUCUUCAUUAUGAUGCUAGCACCUGUUUAUGACCAUCUCAUCAUCCCAUUCGCUAGGAAAUUAACCAAGUCUGAAAUGGGAAUCACUCAUCUACAAAGAAUUGGCGUUGGAUUGGUUCUUUCCAUAACUGCGAUGGCAGUGGCCGCCCUCGUUGAGAUUAAGAGGAAGAGAGUUGCUGCAAACUCAGGACAAGUUGACAUGAAUAACCCAUUGCCAAUUACGUUCUUUUGGAUAGCCUUCCAGUAUUUGUUCCUAGGAUCAGCUGAUCUUUUCACCUUGGCAGGUUUGUUAGAAUUUUUCUUCACCGAGGCACCCGCAGGAAUGAGAUCUCUGGCUACAUCUCUUUGUUGGGCCUCUCUGGCAAUGGGGUACUACCUCAGCUCAGUGAUUGUAACAAUAGUUAACAAUGUUACAGGUAACUCCAAGAAUAGACCAUGGCUCUCAGGCAGCAGCAUCAAUCACUAUCACCUGGAACGAUUCUACUGGCUCUUGUGUGUGUUGAGUGCUCUGAAUUUCAUACACUACCUUUUCUGGGCCACCCAGUAUAAAUACUCAACGAGAGCUAAGAACUAA